CAGAUUAGAAGGAAGACAGAGGAGCCCAAGGGAGAUGGUGUUUCCCCAUAAAUAGGAACACCCCAGCAUCAGACAGACACAGCAGGGAAAGCCCUGAGAGGCUGAAAGACAAGGCAGGAUGGGUGCAAAACAGGGGUGGAGGGCAGGGACCCGCCCAGCUGCACCAGUGGGAGUGGCUCCACCUUUCCCAUCUCAGAGCCAUGGGGAGCAGGGCUUCUAGUGGGCUGCCCCUGGUGCAGAUCCCUUACACGGUCCUGCUGCUGCCACUGGAGACAAGCCGCCAAGACCCAGGGGCCCGGAGCUUCUUCCUCUGGCUUCAGAGGAUGCAGGCUCUGGAGCGAGAACAGGAUGCCCUGUGGCAGGGGCUGGAGCUGCUGGAGCACUGCCAGGCCUGGUUUGGGGGCCAUCUGAGGGAGGCACAGCGGCAGCAGCUGCAUCUGGGAGCCCUUGGAGAGAAUUUUCUUACAGAUUUAUACUCAGAGCCUCGUGGCCCCCAGUUAUCCCAGAUUCAAAAGGUGAACAUCUGUUUGCAGAAUCUGAUUCAGGGGAAGUUCUCCCUACAUCCACUGAACAAGGCUAGUUCCUAUACCACCCAGGAUUGGAAGGAAAAGCCAAGGAAACAGAACUUGAGGCAGCAACAGGUAAACUGUAGGGGCGUGGGGAACGCGAAGCCCUCGCCUCAUGGCACAGGGAGGACCUCUGAUGCCCAGGCUGUUUGUCUCCUCUUCUCCAGGAUCUGGUGA